AUGCUUUCAACAGUCAGAGUAGCCGGCAGGCAAGCUGUUGCUCGUGCUGCAGCCCCAAGAAGCUCUGUCGCGCUGCGCAAAGCCUCGACGUGGGCAAAUGUGCCUCAAGGACCUCCCAUUUUAGGUAUCACUGAGGCUUUCAAGGCCGAUAGCUUCAAGGAGAAGAUCAAUCUAGGUGUUGGCGCAUACCGCGACGAUCAAGGCAAACCCUACGUCCUCCCCUCCGUCCGAACCGCCGAAGACAAGGUCGUUACUGCAAAACUUAACAAAGAAUACGCUGGAAUUACUGGUGUCCCCGAGUUCACCAAGGCUGCAGCUGUUCUGGCGUAUGGUCCUGGCUCCAGUGCUCUCGACCGUCUCGUCAUCACACAAUCGAUUUCCGGCACAGGGGCUCUCCGAAUCGGUGGUGCAUUCCUCGAACGCUUCUACCCAGGUGCAAAGAAGAUCUAUAUUCCAACGCCAUCAUGGGCCAACCAUGCUGCUGUCUUCAAGGACUCAGGUCUGGCUGUUGAGAAGUACAGAUACUACAACAAGGACACAAUUGGUCUGGACUUCGAGGGCAUGAUUGCGGAUAUCAAGGGCGCUCCCAAGGGAAGCAUGUUCUUGCUCCACGCUUGUGCCCACAACCCUACCGGUGUCGACCCCACACCCGAGCAAUGGAAGGAGAUCAGCGAGGCUGUCAAGUCUGGUGAACACUACGCGUUCUUCGACAUGGCUUACCAAGGCUUUGCUUCAGGAGACACAGAUAAGGAUGCUUUCCCAGUCCGAUACUUCGUUGAGCAAGGCCACAACCCUUGCCUCGCCCAAUCUUUCGCCAAGAACAUGGGUUUGUACGGUGAGCGUGUUGGAGCCUUUUCCGUUGUGUGCGUGGAUGCCGAGGAAAAGAAGCGCGUGGACUCACAAAUCAAGAUCCUUGUCCGGCCCCUCUACUCCAACCCUCCAGUUCACGGUGCUCGUAUUGCCUCCGAAAUUCUCAACGACCCGGCCCUGAAUAAGCAAUGGCUCGGCGAAGUCAAGGGAAUGGCUGACCGUAUCAUCACCAUGCGUGCCCUGUUGAAGAAGGAGCUUGAGAACUUAGGUUCAAAGCAUGAUUGGAGCCAUAUUACCAGCCAGAUUGGCAUGUUUGCUUAUACAGGAUUGACCCCCGAGCAGAUGGAUAAGUUGGCUAAGGAGCACUCUGUUUAUGCUACCAAGGACGGCAGAAUAUCAGUCGCAGGCAUCACAUCCGGAAACGUCAAGAGACUCGCAGCUGCCAUCCAUGCAGUCAAGCCAUAG